AUGGCAUCAGGAAAGCAGAAUAGCGUAAACGGCGCCAAUGGCGUCAACGGCCAUGGAGGGAGUGCUCUAUGCAGUGUCGAAGAGUUUGUUAAACACAAGUAUGACUUUGUGGUCGUUGGUGGAGGCACAGCUGGCCUUUGUGUGGCAGCCCGGUUGACAGAAGAUUCCAAUGUGACAGUCGGCGUUCUCGAGGCAGGCGAGAAUCGGAUGGACGACAAAGCAGUCUCUACACCUGGUUUGUAUCCGACUAUGAUCGGAAGACCAGAGUACGACUGGUGCAUGACAAGCGUUGAGCAGCCUGAAGCUGGAGGCAAGGUAUACUCUAUGCCUCGUGGGAAGCUGCUCGGUGGAUCAUCUGGAAUCAACUACCUGAUGUACGUUCGCGGCUCAAAGGGCGACUACGAUGGCUGGGAGUCCCUCGGGAACAAGGGCUGGGGCUGGAAGGGUCUAGCACCGUAUUUCCGCAAGCACCAGACGCUCGACCACGUCGAAAACAAAUCAGGAAACCCUCAGUUCAUGCCUAUCGCUGGAGCCGACGAGUUCCAUGGUACUGAUGGACCAAUACACACAUCCUUCAACGACUGGUAUAGCCCAUACGAGGAGGACUUCUGCAAAGCUUGCUACGAGGUGUCUAAUUCAGAGAACACAUUGCACGAUGCUUGGUCUGGUGAUCACAUGGGCUUCUACUCGUCGCUUGGAGCCGUGAACCGAACGGACGACCCUGGCAAGCGGUCGUACGCGGCUACUGGCUAUCUUCGACCGAACUUGAAGCGACCAAACCUGAAGGUCUUAACAGGUGCCCAGGCCACCAAAGUUCUCGGCGUCGAAAACGGUACGGCGAAUGGCGUCGAAUUUGUCCGCGAUGGGCAGAAGCACACCGUCAGUGCCUCCAAAGAGGUCAUCCUCAGCGCCGGCGUCAUUCAGACUCCUCAGCUACUCGAGCUUAGUGGCAUCGGUGAUCCGGAAGUGCUUCGUGCUGCAGGCAUCGAAUGCCUAGUCAAGAAUACUGGCGUCGGGGAGAACUUCCAGGAUCACGUCCUCGGUGGCAUUCUGUACGACCUGAAGCCUGGCGUUCCCUCACUGGACGCUCUCCACGGAGCAGAAUAUGCCAAAGCCAGCCAAGAGCUGUACGAUAAGACCAAUCAAGGUCCCUUCGGAUCACCUGGCAUGGGCAUGGGCUUCGUCUCGUACGCCUCGUUGGUUAGCGACGAAGAACUCCAGGAUACGAUCAAAGAAAUCAAAGCCACAUCUCUCGCCAAAACCGAUUUUGCGAAGAAGCAAGAGAAGGUCAUCCUCGACCAGCUGACAUCAAAGACCUUCGCGAAUUUGCAGACCUUCUGUAUCAUGUGUCGAUUGGACGUGGGCAAAGGCUCUGACCAAACACAGUUCUUCAGCGCGCCUCCAGAGGGCACUGAGCAGGUGUCACUGCUCAUGUGUCUCGAGCACCCACUGUCUCGUGGCUCAGUGCAUAUCACAAGCUCCGAUCCUCUGGCAGCACCACGUAUCGACCCGGGCUACUUCAGACAUCCUGCUGAUGCGAAGAUCUUGGCGAAAGGCAUGCAGUGGAUGGAGCGCGUGGCCAAGCACCCGUUACUGGCCAAGCAGAUGGGCAAGCGAGAGCUGCCUGGUGAUGGCUACAGUCUCGAUAGUGACGAAGAUGCUAUCAAGUAUGUCAAGAACCAUAUCUCGACACAGUACCAUUUGAUCGGUACUGCUGCAAUGGGCGAAGUCGUCGAUGACAGUCUAUUAGUCAAGGGUGUCAAAGGCUUGAGAGUCAUCGAUGCAUCAACCUUCCCUGGUCACGUCAGUGGGAACAUCAUGAGCAGCACGUAUGCUGUGGCUGAGAAGGGUGCUGAUUUAGUGAAACGCGACCAUGGCAUUGAGGUUGGCAGAACCAUGUGA